CUGGUUGGGUUUUUAGCACCGGAAACGAUGUUACAGCGAUGGGUGUGUAUCCGGAGUAGCUAGAUAUUCAAAAUCGAAAGACUUUUCAAAAAGACCGGUGAUUAUGGAGCUGCGGCCGUUGGUCAUGUGCUUUGUGCUGUGCGUGGUCUAUGCCUUUAGUAAACCCACCAUCGAGAAAAAGGACCGCGUCCACCAUGACGACCCGCUUAGCAACCGCGACCAUGAAGAUGAAGAGAACUUUGAUUAUGACCAUGAGGCAUUUCUAGGACAGGAUGAGGCCAAGACCUUCGAUCAGCUCACACCUGAAGAGAGCAAGGAGAGACUUGGUAUGUUAGUAGAGCGUAUAGAUGAGGACAAGGAUGGGUAUGUGUCAGUAGAGGAGAUGAUAAAGUGGAUCAAACACAGUCAGAAGAGGUGGAUCUAUGACGACGUGGACCGCCAGUGGAAAGGUCACGACCAUAACGGAGAUGGACUGGUGUCCUGGGAGGAGUACAAGAACGCUACAUACGGAUACAUACUGGAUGAUCCAGACCCAGAGGAUGGCUUCAGCUACAGACAGAUGAUUUCACGCGAUGAGAGGAGAUUCAAAAUGUCUGACCUGGAUGCUGACCUGAAGGCCAAUAAAGAGGAGUUUACAGCCUUCCUCCAUCCUGAGGAGUACGACCAUAUGAAGGAUAUAGUUGUACUGGAGACCAUGGAGGACAUCGAUAAGAACGGAGAUGGCUUCAUAGACCUGGAAGAGUACAUAGGUGACAUGUAUAACCAGGAGGGUGAUCCUUCAGAGCCGGAGUGGGUGAGGACAGAGAGAGAACAGUUUACUGAGUUCAGAGACAAAAACAAAGAUGGCCGCAUGGACAAGGAGGAGACCAAAGACUGGAUCCUACCUUCAGACUACGACCAUGCAGAGGCAGAAGCCAAACACCUGGUCUACGAGUCCGAUAAUGACAAGGAUGGCAAACUGACCAAGGCAGAGAUUGUUGAGAAGUAUGACCUCUUCGUUGGUAGCCAGGCUACUGACUUUGGAGAAGCCUUGGCAAGACACGAUGAGUUCUAACCCUUCCACUUCCGACGCUGGGUUGGGCUCAAUUCCAAUUCAAUUCAGUCAUGGAAUUGAAAUCCCAAUUUAAAAGUAGUGCGCUAUAUGGAGUGACAUUUGAGAUGGAGCUUUUCACUCCGAUGCCAAGGACAAUCAUUUAUUUGAUUUCCUGGCCUAUUAUACACACUAGUGAAUACAUCACUUUGUACUAAGUAGUGCACGAUCAGGACACACCUCCUUGUUCCAGCUCCCCCUCCACCACCCUCUCGUCCAAUCCGGACAAUGGAAAGGAUAUAUAGUAUUUCCUUUGGUUUGUCUUUGUUUGCAGAUCAACUUUGUUAUUUAAAAAGAUUUAUAGAAUAUAGCAGUAAGCGUUUGUUCAAACAAGGUUGCAAAAACAAUCUAUCAUGCAUGCAAUUAAGUGCCGAACUGCAUGUUGGGGUCAAUUCAGUUUUCAAUUUAGGAAGUGAAUUAAAAUGUAAUAGAAAACAAACUGAAUUGAUCUCAACCCUGGUGUGUAUAGCCUUGUGUGUAUUCUGCUAUGCACUGGACUAUGAAGGGGAGCUAUAACACGGGCGGGCCAUCUGUGGGCUACCACCACAAACUGCUCUUUGAUUUGAUUAACUAGCAAUUUCUUCAUACCACCACUCUCCAAAUGUGGUCAAUCCUCCCAGGUUUAGGGUUAGUGGUUGUAGCCCACGGAGUAGUCCUCAUCAAAGCUUCAUGAAGAUAGUUUGAAUGCGAGCAAUUACUUCAUCACCAGAUGGGCUGUGCGUUGGCCAAUAGCGGUCUUCCGUGACCCCUGUGUGUGCAGGUUUUAGUCCCUUGGUAAGUCUUAAUUAGGGGUUAGAUCAGUGUUUCUCAACUUCAGUCCGAGAACCCCCAGGGUCAUACAUUUCUGAUCUAGUCCCUGUACUAGCACAAAAUAUUCAUAGCCCUGUGCUAGUACAGGUCUGGAACAUCCUUUUGUUUUAUUUUGGAAUCUGCUGAAUUCUAUGCUGUACUACACACUCCUACAUAUACUACACAGACCUACUACACUAAUUAUGUUUGGAGGAUUAUUAAAGUCAGUUUUCCCCUAAGGCUUCUUCCUUAGUUAUCGUCAUAAUAACUGUAUAACGCCCCUCACUUACUUUAUGACGCUCUAUAACCACUGUUAUUGGUCUGGUUCAACUUCCCUUAAGCCCUUUGUCAUAAGGGCUACAUAACAUUGCCAUAACAAUGACAUAUACAGUCAUGAAUGUUGGUGUAAAGUCAGUUGUGAUAAACUGACACAAAGUAUGAUUGUUUAUGACAUCUUAUGUCAUGUUUUCAAGUGUUAUGUAGCCCUUAUGACGGUUCUAGUAAAGUGUUUCCGUUGUCUUAUAUGAUAUGUUAUAAUGUAUAUGAUAUAGCUGUUUUUUACACACUUAAUGCAGCGCCAAGCCUGUCACUGGUGACUACCCUGUACAUACAUUGUCACCUGUUGCCUUGUCGACAGUGUGUGUUUUUCUGAUUAAAAUGAUAUUGUGGAGUA